UGAAGUCAUGAGCAGUAGUCGUACGUUUUGACAGAGAGAGAGAGAGAGAGAGUGAGAGGGCAGGCAAGGCAGGCCUAGGCGCCUUGCAAACCAAUGAUGCUCACUCAAGCUAGCCAAUUCAGGUAGAAACAAAAACACAUAAAACCCUUCACCCAUUUUCAGUUUCCAGUUUCUUUGUGUUUUUACCCAUUACCUCCACCACGGUACUCAACUACCCAGAUUAUUCCCACUACCCAUUUCCACCAAACCCCUUUCACUCUGGUCCUUCUAUGCAUCCAAAGUAACCGCCUUUCUUCACAGAAACGACGCCGGAGAUGACCGGAGAAGCAGGCAAGACGGUGGUCGUCGGUGUCAAGCUAGACUCGCACAGCAAGGAGUUGCUGACGUGGGCCCUCGUCAAAGUGGCCGAGCCUGGUGACCAUGUCAUUGCCAUUCAUGUCCUCGACUCCAUCUCUGAGGAGACUUCGUGUUUGCUCUCGAUGGUCAAGACAUUCGAUUCUGUGCUCUCUGCUUAUGAAGGUUUCUGUAGCUUGAAGCAGAUUGAUCUCAAGCUAAAGGUGUGUAGAGGCAAUCCGAUCAGAAAAGUUUUAGUAAGGGAAGCAAAGGCAUUUCAUGCUGAUACUCUAAUUGUUGGGACUUCCAAAACCCACCAUAGAAUUCGAUCAUCCGUUUCCGUUGCCAAGUACUGUGCCUGGAAAUUGCCCAAAAGUUUCUCUGUUUUCGCUGUCGAUAAUGGCAAGGUUGUGUUCAAGAGGGAAGAGGCUGAUAGCUGUGCACAUCAAUCACAAGAUAAUAAUCAUAAGUCAUCUCCGAAGAACGUAGAGGUUCUUGAAGAUGUUAAACUAAAUAAAUGCAAGAAGAAAAGCCGUAAGACAAAAUGCCAGAACUGUGAAGGGGAUUCAGUUUUAUUGGAUAAUUCUGGGACCCAAUUGACAGCUGAGUUGCCUGGCGAUGGAAAUGAGGACAAUUCAUUGGCUUUGGUUCCAUUCCAAAGGAUGAACUCUAUCAAGACUCAAAAUCCGCACUGUUUUAAACCCGGUUGGUCCAUUCUUCGCUGGACAUUUUUAAGAAGACAGCAACACAAGAAGAAAUCUGAUGAAAAGACAUCUGUUUUGGGACAGUUGUCGAAACCAUUGAGUUCCCAUACUUCGGCUGUUGUUUAUCCUGAUCAGAAACACAGUAAUUCUAGCCAGGAUGGAGAUCAUUCUUCCGUGCCUGAUGGAGCAAGUAGUACAACUGUGUCACUUGGCUCUAAUGAAAUCUUCCCUCCUCUAACCCCAAACCAUGGCAUGGAGAGCCUUCCUGAAGAAUUUUUAGAUUUAUGUAAGAAAUAUUCAUCCAGCUGUAGACUGUUUAGCUACGAGGAACUUUUGUUGGCAACAUCAAACUUCUUACCUGAGAACAUGGUUGGAAAAGGUGGCAGUAGUCAUGUUUAUAGAGGCCAUCUUUUAGACGGGAAGGAGUUGGCAGUGAAAAUCCUGAAGCCAUCUGCAGAUAUAUUGAAAGAGUUUGUUCAUGAAGUUGAGAUCAUCACAGCUUUAAAUCACAAGAACAUAAUCUCUCUAUAUGGAUUAUGUUUCGACAACAAUUUAGUUUUGGUGUAUGAUUUUAUCUCAAGAGGAAGCUUAGAAGACAACCUUCAUGGUAAUAAGAAAGAUGGGAAUUCAUUUGGUUGGAAGGAUAGAUAUAAUGUGGCCUUAGGUGUAGCGGAGGCACUCAACUAUCUACACAAUGGCUGUGAAGAACCUGUGAUCCAUAAGGAUGUAAAGUCUUCCAACAUCCUUCUUUCAGAUGAUUUUGAGCCACAGCUCUCAGAUUUUGGACUUGCGAGCUUGGCAUCGACGUCAACGCAUAUUGAUUGCACGGAUGUUGCUGGAACAUUUGGUUACUUGGCUCCAGAAUACUUCAUGCAUGGCAAAGUUAGUGAUAAAAUUGAUGUCUAUGCCUUUGGUGUUGUACUCCUUGAGCUUCUUUCUGGUAGACAACCGAUCUACAGCAAAUGUGCAAAGGACCAGGAAAGUCUGGUGAUGUGGGCAAAGCCAAUACUUAAGGGUGGGGAGGUUGCCCAACUGCUAGAUCCAAGCCUGGGAAGUGACUAUGAUCAUGACCAAAUUGAGAGAAUGGUUUUGGCUGCUAACCUUUGCCUUAGAUAUGCUCCUGGACUUCGGCCCGGGAUCAGCAUUGUUCUGAAGCUUCUUCAAGGUGAUGAGGAAAUUACAAGGUGGGCAAGGCAAGAAGUUAGUGCAUCAGAUGAACUUGACGCACUGGAUGGAGAAGCUGUUCCUACAAAUAUCAAAUCCCAUCUUAACAUGGCGUUGCUAGACUUGGAAGAUGAUUCCCUUUCUACGAGUAGUGGUGAACAAAGCAUCUCAGUAGAAGAUUACUUGCGAGGUAGAUGGAGUCGCUCAACAAGCUUUGACUAGCCGAUACUUUCGGUAUGACGGGAUCCUGAUAUUAGAACACAUUGUGCUCUAUUAGAAGGUACUUUUGUAAAUUCCUCUGUUUUUGUUCAUUUUUAAUGCUCUUGGGCCAGGUCCCGGAAGAGAGGUUGUCAUAAGGUUUGACCUCCUCCUUGACUAGGAGAGUUGUAUUGCAAACUGGAAAACACCGGCUGGUUUUCCAUUGCAUCUUUAGGUCUCAACUCUUAUUCUUCAUAUGAGGAAAUUAGAUUAGAGAAAAUGCAGGAGGGGCGCGGAGAACUGUUGUUCUGUUUAGGUGAGCAUAGUAAUCUUCGCUCUGUAUGUUGUAUAUGAAGUGGUAUUGGAAAUCAGGAGACUGCUUUUUUUUUUUUUUGUUGGUCAAAGUAAUUGUUUAAGAUUACUGCUCAUUAGGUACCUUUAUUGGAAAUGAGGAAAGGUUGGAUUCCA